AUGAAGCUUUCUCUUGCUAUCUUUCUCUUGCAAGGCUCGGCCACCAAUGCCGCCAUCUAUGAGACCCUCUUCCCUUCGGCAAAGCCAACUACCUCGGACAACGACAUCGAUUGCAUGUUCGAAGACUUUUAUCCAAUCUUCUCCGCUUUGACUCCCAACGGGAGCCUAUCGACGGCUCUCCUGUCCUAUGGCGAUGAGUUACUCAAAGACUGUCCAUUGACUGAUGUGGACGUUAUGGGCCUACCGACGUGCCCAUAUCCAGCACUGUCGGAGUGGUGCUCUUUUAGCAACCACGCACCCAAAACCCUAUUGCCAGCUUGGUCAUCCUAUGGCAGCUCAGCUUCGUCGUGGUGGUCGGAACACAGUUCAUACGCUGUGAAAUAUGCCCACGUCUGCAAAAAGAAGUGGUUCAAUGCCAUGAUUGGGGUUGUCUAUGGCUCGGCUCGCCUGAACAACACCAUCCAUUGGGGUGAAUGUUACGCACAAGCCCAUGCCACCGUGGACAGAGUUGCUGCUACACCAGCUUCAACUACAAAAGCAACGACUGGCAUGAAGGUCACCCCAACAGCACCCAAAGAGACUCAGGUCUCAUCGGAUGUUACUGAAGGCAAUUCAGAAGAGACUCAGGGAACCGCAAAGGAAGAUCGCAGGGAAGAAUCGAAGGGUACACAGAUCCAAGCUCGAGGAGCUGAUGUUUGGCUCAUGGCUGGCGGUGGACUCGCCGCUGCUGUCGUCAACGACGCUAUGUGA